GUGGACCAUCACUUCCAAAUGCAAAAACCAACUCAGUGAGGGUGAACUCACGGAGAAUGGUGUUGGUAUGGCUGCCUCAAAAUACAUAUACUGCUAUCCGUAUUGGAAAUUUCAGUUAAUAGGAAAGAGAAGCGGAGAAGAAGGGGAAGCGUCCAUAGAAAGAGAGAGAGGAAUGGAAGACUUAAAUAGAAACCCUCUUCCUCUUCAUCCUCUCAUUUUGCUUUCCUACAAUCUUAAACAAUAAUGAAAAAUAACUCGGCAGGUUUCAGAGACGAAGAGACAAACCCAAAAAUUUAAGACAACAAACAACAACAAAAACAAAUAAAAAUUCCAUCUUCAGACAACAACAACGUCCCUGAAUCUUGAUAAUCUUGAAUGAACGCAAGAGAGGUACAAAAAGAUGUGGCUAGCGAAGAACAAUAGCGUGGGAAUCAAGGAAGGAGGAUCGACUGGAGUUGUGGCUGUUGCUAUAGACAAAGAGAAAAGUAGCCAACACGCUCUUAAAUGGGCCGUUGAUCAUUUGUUGCAGCGAGGCCAAUCUGUUAUCCUCGUCCAUGUCAAGCUUCGACCUUCUCCUUUAAACAACACCUCUUCUCUUCAUGCUUCCUCCGCAAAGCUGACUCAAGAACCUUCAUUAGUAUGCAGAGAUCCAGAAGGCGCUUCCAAGGACAUAUUCCUUCCUUUCCGCUGCUUCUGCACCCGCAAAGAUAUACAAUGCCAAGAUGUGUUGAUUGAGGAGUACGAUGUAGCCAAAGCAUUGGUCGAAUACGCAAACCAAGCCGCCAUUGAGGUUUUGGUGGUUGGUUCCUCCAACAAAGGUGGCUUCCUCAGGUUCAACAAACCUACAGAUAUUCCUGUUGCCAUAACCAAAACCGCGCCUGAUUUCUGCACGGUUUAUGUCAUAUCCAAAGGAAAGAUUUCAACAAUGAGAUCAGCUUCUCGUUCUGCACCAACCAAUGCUCCUCUACGCAGUCCUAUUCAACCGCCUAGCUUAAGGCCACCUCAACCUGUGCCAUCUACUUCUAAUAACAUGCGAGCUGAUAGACAGUCUUUUGAAUCACAACGCCGGUCCAUGGAGGAUCGCAGGUCUGUGGAGGAUCGCAGGUCCGUGGAGGACCAAUCAGACUCAUUCAGAUCUCCUUUUACUAGAAGAGGCUAUGGAAGAUCAUAUGGGGACCUAUCUGUUCCAGAAUCAGACAUAUCCUUUGUCAGUUCUGGUAGACCAAGCAUUGACCGUAUGUUCCCUAAUAUAAAUGACAUGAAUGAUCCAAACCGAACUCCUCCUAGGCUGUCCAAUUUAUCUGAUAUGGACUAUGGUCCUAACUUUGAGUCCUCCUCCAACUAUGGAAGGAGAUCAGUGGAUGUAAACUCACCUACUGAUCUCUCGUCUGGUUCUUUUGAGAAUGAAAGGUUUUCCUCCGCGUCAGCAAUGGAUGAUGUAGAGUCUGAGAUGAGGAGGCUUAAACUGGAGCUGAAGCAGACAAUGGAAAUGUACAGCACAGCUUGCAAAGAAGCACUUACAGCAAAACAGAAGGCCACCGAGCUUCAGCGUUGGAAGUUAGAAGAAGAGAGAAAACUAGAAGAGGCAAGACUUGCAGAGGAAGCAGCAUUGGCCAUUGCAGAGAAAGAGAAAGCGAGGUCAAAAGCAGCUAUGGAGGCAGCUGAAGCAGCUCAGAGGAUUGCUGAACUAGAGUCUAAGAAGAGAGUCAACGCGGAGAUGAAAGCUCUCAAGGAGUCUGAGGAGAAAACAAAGGCACUUACCGCUUUAGCAAACAAUGAUGUAAGGUAUAGGAAGUACUCCAUUGAAGAGAUUGAAAGUGCAACGGAGUUUUUCGCUGAGAAGUACAAGAUUGGAGAAGGUGGCUAUGGACCUGUCUACAAAUGUUAUCUUGAUCACACACCAGUUGCUGUUAAAGUUCUUCGUGCUGAUGCAGCUCAAGGAAGAUCUCAGUUUCAACAAGAGGUUGAGGUAUUGAGCUCCAUAAGGCAUCCUAACAUGGUUCUACUUCUUGGAGCUUGUCCUGAAUGUGGAUGUUUAGUCUACGAGUUCAUGGCCAACGGGAGCUUAGAAGACCGCCUUUUCAGACUAGGCAACAGCCCGCCUCUCUCGUGGCAGAUGAGGUUCAGGAUCGCUGCAGAGAUCGGCACUGGACUCCUGUUCUUACACCAGGCUAAACCAGAACCUCUGGUGCACCGUGAUCUCAAACCGGGGAACAUCUUGCUAGACCGUAACUUCGUCAGCAAAAUCUCUGACGUUGGUUUAGCAAGAUUAGUCCCACCCACGGUUGCAGACACGGUGACACAGUACCGCAUGACUUCAACCGCUGGCACGUUCUGUUACAUCGACCCGGAGUAUCAGCAGACAGGAAUGUUGGGUGUGAAGUCUGAUAUCUACUCGCUCGGCAUUAUGUUUCUGCAGUUGAUAACAGCAAAACCACCAAUGGGUUUAACUCAUUAUGUCGAGAGAGCACUCGAGAAAGGGACUUUGUCGGAUUUACUCGAUCCUGCUGUUACUGACUGGCCAGUUGAGGACACAGCAGAGUUUGCUAAGUUAGCACUGCAAUGCGCAGAGUUAAGGAGGAAAGAUAGACCUGAUCUUGCUAAAGUUAUAUUGGCGGAGCUCAACAGAUUAAGAACACUCGCUGAUGAAUCUCAGCUAGUCUCUCAAUAGUCCCGGACCAUCUCCGAGCCUCUAAACACAAGAAGUGGCAACCUUACAGGACUAUUGUAUAGCA